AUGUUGGUACAAAAGCGAGACCUAGACAUCAGUCGUCCCCCUAUCCCACCGUCGACAAUUAGAGUCAGAGUCUACAAGUCAAUCUAUCAUGAAAUCGGCAUCAAUUCUCAAGUUACAUUCAGUAAAUCCCUAACUCUUUUUUAUCUUUUAAUUCUCAAGAUACAUUUGGAUGAAAAUCUUCUUUGUCUGACACGAGAUGCUAAGUCGGAUUCUGUUCCAGAUCUUCAACAGCAGGUUGUAGGGUUAAAGGUCGAGUUGUGCAGGUUGCUGGAAGAGAAAAGAUCAGCUAUUCUCAGAUCUGAUGAACUGGAGAUAGCAUUGAUGGAGAUGGUUAAGCAGGACAAUCGACGCCAAUUAUGUGCUAAGGCAAAUACAAAAAGGUUACAACCAGUUUCUGGAUUAUUAUCGGCUUUACUAGUUAAAUAUCCAAACAUGUUGCAGCUGGCCCAGAGGGCCUUUAUCACAUAUAGAGCAAUGAUUUUCUUUUGAAGGAUGAUGGACCAAAUGUUGAAGGAAAUACUAGUGAAAUUAGAGAUAUCGUGUAUGCUCCUUAUUUAUAUAUUUACAUAUAGAGCAAUGAUAAGAUGGCCUUGCAAUAAUGAAAAAAUAAUUUCAUUUAUGUACUAGUAGGUUAAAUGGUAAAUUCUUUUAUAUAGCUGCUUUGGCUCGUAAGCUUACCUGGUUACGUGGUAACUUGCACAGAUUCUAGUUUUUCUUUUUCUAGGAAUAGGUAGAUCGUUUUACAUUAGUCAAUUAUGUAUGCCCCUAGGUAGUUUUACCUUAAAUAUUUGUUUUAUUUUUAGUCCAUUACUUGAAAUCAGUUUUUGAGCUGGUUUUCUUAUUUUCAGGUCAGCAACACAGAUCUUGAAGAAAAAAAGGCUGAAGAUCAAUGUUCAUAGGCCUGUGGGGACAAGGGUUGUCUUUGAUGAGGAAGGUAACACAAAGGCACCACUUGCUAUGUUC